AUGGCGAUGAUGCGGACCAGGACCAAAAGCCGAGGCUGGCAAGCUUGUGACGCUACCGUGCCCGCGGUAGGCAGCGGCCAGGAGUCCCUUGUCGCCGCCGCCCAGGACUUUGCUCGAGGAGUUCCUGGGCUGAAGGACAGCAUAUUGGCCAGUUCUCAGAGUUGCCCGCAGGCGCAAGCAGAUUGCACUUUGGCUCUUUCAGGCAAAACGGCACCCGUUGCAUGCCGGAGUCGCUCGGCGCGCCGGGGCUGCGCAAGAGGACAACAGUGGCCAGGCCUGGGGGACACGUGCAUCGGGCUUGAACGUUGGGCUUGUUGGUUGUCAGGACCGGCUCGAUCUCGAGGAGGCGGCGGGCCUUCAGAGAAAGCGACGUCCCAGCCUUGUCUCGCUCAGGUGGUCGCAGAAGCCAAACGGGUUGUGGACAACGGCACGCUGAAAGACAUGCAAGUGGUCAUGCGAAGAGUGCAGCUGGUAGAUCCAGCAGGGAAGUGGAAGGUUUGGGUUAAUGAGCCCGAAUUGGAGAAGCAGCUACGGAAGUUUGUGGCAGAGGCCAAAGCAGCCAAAACGGCAUUGGAGGAGGACCUGCUCCUGGCGCGACAGCAGCGGAAGACGGGCCAGCGGCAGGUUGAGAGCGCCCAGGAGCAGGAAGCGAUGGCGGUGAGGCGUCUCGCUCGAGCUGCCACCGUCUUGGAGACGGCGGAGGACUCGGGCAAUGCGACAAAGGUGCAGGAGGCCAAGGAGGAGGUGGAGAAGGCGGAGAGGAAGGUGCAGGAGGCGGAGAGGAAGGUGGAGAGGGCGGAGAGGAAGGUGGAGAGGGCGAAGAGGGAGGUCCAGGAGGCGAAGAAGGAGGUGGAGAAGGCGGAGAAGGAGGUCAAGGAGGCGAAGGCAAGCGGCCGGACGAAGGAGUCCGAGGCGUCCGCCUCGAGUAGCCUCAAGUGGGUCGUGGACGCCAAGGACACGGCAUUUGCCAACGAGCUGCGCAUGGCUCAGCCGCUGACGGCUCUGGACUGCGCUGAUGAGAAUUUCACCGACGUAGAGUCCGCAGAAGAUGCCGGUAUCGAGAUCUUCCCGUUGAACGCCAGCUUGGAUCCGAAAGAAGCCAAGCCAUGGCUCUUCGUUCGAAAGCAGCAACGAGAGGUCUGGCAGGCGGCCUUCAAUGCGUCGCAGGAUGUGGUGGUGACCGGCUCGCCCGGCAUCGGCAAAUCCUUCUCCAUGUCCUUCUUGUUCCGCGACCUCAUGAAAGCAAAGAAGACCUUUGUCUUCGAAGCACGCAGGUGGAACAUGGUGUACUUGUUCAAGCCGCGCACCGACGGCACCUACGAGGUCGGCAGCAUGCAACUGAAAGACUGGGAACCGGCAGCGUGUGACGAGCUGAGAGUCCCUGCGAACUACUAUGUCAUCGACCCCGGCGAGGCUGAAAAGGGAGGCGUCUGCUUCGUAGCGGCCAAGACUGUCAUUUGCCCGUCACCGGAUCCGCAGCACCUUGGAGAGUUCAAGAAGCUCCCCAAAUGCAAACUGUACAUGGCAGCUAGCUCCUUGCAGGAGGCCCAGUGCAUAGUCAAGUACCUCCGCCCCAACUUCGACCAGAACCAGGUGGAAGAGCUCUACAGGCGAUUUGGUGGUAUUCUUCGACACCUGAUUGGCGACCCUAAGGAGGUGGAGAUGGCUCGCAAUGCAACCCUGUCGAACCAGAACUUGGUCAGGCAAGUUUGGACAUCGGGCAUCAUUGAUCAGGGACGUGAUUUGAAGCCUGCGCACUGGCUCUUCCAGAUAGUGCCGGAAAACGGUUGCACCAGCAGCAGGGUUGAGUUUGUUAGCGAAGAGGCACUCGACCUCACCAUUCACGAGUAUGAGGCGGAGCUGGCUGACCUUUUGACAUCGUUUGAUCCGCUUGCAAAGCCCGUCCUCGGAGUUCUCUACGAACGCUUCGCCCACCAAGUGCUCUGCCGGGGGACGUUGCUGCUGACGCGGCUGGCCAACGUCACCGUUCCCAUGUUCGAGAUGCAGCUUCCACAACUCGAUGAAGAGGUGGUGGACGGCAGCAUCGCCGAUCUUUUCACAGCUGCCACCACUGGGCAGCUACGAUACAUGCGGCCCAGAGAUGUGGGCCUGCCGGUCAUUGAUUCAUGCCUGGCUCCUGUUGAGGACGGCGUGAUGACAUGCUUCCAGAUCACCGUCAGCGCAAAACACUCCCUGGAUCUUGUCGCCUUGGAGAAUGCUGCACGGGGUCUUGACAUCGCCAAGAUUGUUAUUUACUGGGUCGUUCCCAGAGACAGCUUUCGAGAGUUCAACCGCAAGCAGACGUUCGGGCCUCAACUUGUAUUCGAGCAGCGCGUCCUUUCGCUCGCUGCUCCCCGCAAUCCCUUUACCGAGCAGGAGAUGCAAGAACGGUUGCAGAAGGCUGAGCUCUCUAAGCUUACCACAGGAGACGAGCAGCUCCUCAAGCAAGAGAUUGAUGACCUGAAGCUCCGGUACUUGGUUAUGAAAUCUUUCGAAGAACAAGAUGUCAAGGACAUAAUGAAUAAGGUGUUAAAAGAAGGGAAAAGAGCGAAAAACCAGGAUCCCGUGGCUCUGCACGCAGCACGAGCUUGGGAUAAGAUUGUUGCCUGUAUGGCUUGGACAAAAAAGAGAGGCGAGUGCAAGGGCACAGUUGGCCGGUGGAUUUGCUUUCCACUGCUUUAG